AGUGUAUGAACUUCAUAUUUUUCUAUCUUUUAUUUUUAAGAUUUUGCUCCGACCCAUAUCUUGUUUUAUCACAACUGACACGAGUUCACUUUAUAUCUAUCUAUCUCUCUCUCUCUCUCUUUACUAUUUAAAGUUUAAAGGUUGAGGGGGGGAGAAGGUUUACUGAUUUUACAUGAGGUUUGCCAGAGUGUCAGGUUACUACUGCAGCUGUACUGUUCCUUUAUCACGAUACAACAGGUGUUUUGAACCUUGAUAAGCCGGGUUGAACUCCGACUACUAUUCUGCUACUAGGCUCUGUAUGCGUGGUGAGAGAUAAUAACUUGAACUGUUGAAUUGAUAGAAUUGCUGUCGUGUCCCUACAUACAAGAAAAGUGGAUAUCACAGUUUUAAACAGAAGAAACAGAUGAAUAAGAAUAUUGAUCAAGUGUGCGGACUGAAUGAGAAGAAAUAGAAUAGAUUAUCAACAAGAUGAUGUUAAGAGAAGAUAUGAAGAUAAAGCACCAGCAAUCUAUCUUGAGAGAAGAAGGCUAAAGAACUAUCUGUUUUACGGAGAUACGAGUUCCGCUCUAUAUCAUCAAACAUUUGGAAAUUCUUCCUUCCACUACAGGAUACAGGAUGGACUAAAUAGAGGAGAUCAAAACAUAGAUCAACAGUGCUUAGAAGCGUCUAAGGGACAGUCUGCUCUCUUAAACUUCACUGAAAGUAUUACCAGGAGAUUUAACAAUGAUUCUGAAAAUAAACCUAAGAAAUAUCCUGUUGGAGAACAGGGGAAAACUUUGGUUCUAAGUUUUCAGCAUUCAUUGUCCAAACCAAAGGAAAGGGAUGGUGUAGCCUCGGACUCCUCAACAUGUUCAAUUCUUUGAUAGACGAAUUUUACGAAUUAAUGCUGCGUAAUUCAGGACUAGAUUUCAGUUGAUGUUUAUAAAGAAGAUUCUCAGCUUAGUGUGUAUACUGUAUAUCAUUACCAGGGUUUCAGCUCAUUAAAGGAACUGAAAGCAUAAUUUCAAGUGACCCUCCAUACGAAGAUGACAAUGUCCGAUUCAAGAUGGUACUCUUAAGGGAAUUAUAUAUCAAUGUUUUUAAUUAUGAAAACUGAUAAUUUUUAAAUGCGGGUUCUAUGCAAAAGUGAGUUAUGCAUUUCUACUGCAGGAAAACACAUAGGAAUUAUAAAAAAAUAAAACACUUAUAAACCUAGAAAAACGACCAAAUCUUCCACAUAAUUAUUCAACUGACAAAGAUUUUUAAGGGCACUUUUGUUAAUCGGACAUUGCCAUCUUUGCAUGGAGGGUUACUUGAAAUUACGCUUACAGAUCCUUUAAGCCAACAUGCAGGGGAACAUAAUUUGCAUAUAAGUUCGUAGACUAUACAUAUAUAUAGAUAUAUUUUUGUAAUUUAUUCUUCAAUUUGUAGGUUAAGUUGGUCAAAGUUAAUGAUUAAUACCAAGAACUCCCAUAGCUUUAUUUACAAAUGAAGAAAACUGCAGUUCUGGGUCGUUAGCUUAAUUAAAAUCUGAAUUUAUGUAAACUAGAUCGUUAGCUUAAUUAAAAUCUGAAUUUAUGUAAACUAGAUCGUUAGCUUAAUUAAAAUCUAAAUUUA